AUGAACCUUGCGUCCUCCACUGGAGCCGCUCUCACAUUCAAGAACGCUAUCACAAGCAAGUCCAAUGUGUACAGCAAGAUCGGUGCAGCAGAUCUGGUAGUGUUCUAUUGUUCUGUGGCGGAGGAACGCUCUCCAACCAUGAUGGCUCUCUAUCAGGAUGCGGUACUAGUACCAGAAAAACGCCCCCCGGGAUACAAUGAAAACCAGGUCGUUCGGUUGCUGGCGGAUGGCAUAAGAGCCUACAAAGAACUUACAGAUGAAGUUAUUCGUGGCGUACCGGUCAAUGAUGACGUGCCUUUUCUCGCCACAUACAAAAUCACUUGA